ACGUCCGUUAGAAAUGAAUGAGACCCAAAGAAGUGACGCAUGACCGCGGUUUUCCGAGUUAUUAAAACAUUCAAAGUUCCUCGCCACGCAAACUGUUCGCGUUUUACGCGCGUGUAAAUGCAGCUCAAGAGAGCGUAAAUAUUUGAGUGUGAGUAAAGAAGAGUGAGCUGAGAAGUGCCGCGUGUCAGUACAGCACCAGUGUCCGUGCAUUCAGCAGCUACACAGACAUUUCCUAUAAUAAUAAUAAUAAUAUUUAUCGUGAUGGUUGUAUUGAAGAGUUUACCUCCACCCAGCGAGGGCAUCAAACUUCAGCAGGCCGAUACAACAGCGGUUCUGGACGGGAAGAGGCUGGGGUCAGGGACCCUGUUUGUGGCUGAGGCGCAAUUGUCAUGGUUUGAUGGGUCAGGUAUGGGUUUCUCUCUCGAGUAUCCCUCCAUCAGUCUGCACGCAAUCUCACGAGAUCCUGGAGCAUUCCCAGAGGAACAUCUUUAUGUGAUGGUCAAUGCAAAACUGGAUGAUGAAGGUGAACAGGAGAUGGAGGAUAAAGGUCCAGAUGAUGCAGGAGAAGAUGAGAGUGACAGUGGCAGUGAGGGUUCAGAAACCAUUACAGAGAUUCGCUUUGUGCCCAGUGAUAAAGCUGCACUGGAGUCCAUGUUCUCGGCCAUGUGUGACUGUCAGGCGCUGCAUCCUGACCCAGAGGAUGCUGAGACGGAUGAUGAUGAAGAUUAUGAAGGAGAGGAGUAUGAUGUAGAGGAGGCAGAACAAGAGCAGGGUCAUGGAGACAUACCUACGUUUUACACUUAUGAGGAGGGUCUGUCUCAUCUGACGUCUGAGGGUCAGGCCACACUGGACCGAUUGGAGGGGAUGUUGGCCCAGUCAGUCGCUCAGCAGUACCACAUGGCGGGAGUCAGAACGGACCAGGCCUCAGCUGAAUUUGAAGAUGGAAUGGAGGUUGACUCGAACGCAGUUGCUGGACAGUUUGAUGAUGCUGAUGUGGACCACUGAUGGAGCGUGUCUGUAAACUGCUGAUUAAAGCACUUCACUGAGGCAUGCUGGGAUACUGACUGACUCACUGAUACACUCGAUCUCUUUUCUAAUCUCUCUUUCCCUGAAUUUACUGAGCAGUCUGACAUUUACCCCGGCACUUAUAUGUCUCACUAAUGUACUUCGUACGAGUAGUUUUCCCCAAAGACCAAAAUAAUUCUCCUGUAAGGAUUAAUGUUUGUGUUUAAUGUUAGUUUCAAUAAAUACAGCUGUUUUUGUACAAAGUCA